GUCUCGCAGCAGCAGUGAUAUCACUAAGCUCCACCCGUGCCCCAAGUCGGGGGCCCGGAGCUAAUGGCCAAGAUUACCGGCGAUCCCCGCCAUGGGACAAGUCGGGCCGGGAAAGGAAGGAGCCGCUUCCCCAGCCCAUCCCUUGCAUCCAGAAAUGCAUCUAGAGGCUCCUAUCAAUACAACCAACCCUAUACGGGUCCACCAUCCAUCCCUCCACCCUUCUUCCCAUAUCGUGCCAGACCCUGGUGCGCCAGAGGACAACGGAGGAGUUCCCCGUUCAAGAACAUCUUCAGGAGCCAUUCCUAGCUGUUCAGUGAUGUGAGCAGACACCUUCAGUAGAAGCAUUUGCAUGAGGCCAGACAUGACUCCGUUCUGCCAGAAAAACAAAAAGGAGAUGAGAGGGGGAGGCUGUAAAAAUCUGCAGAGGCAAAGUACCAUGACGGAUGGGAUAGCAGAGCUGGUGCAUCCAAGGAAACCUUCUGUAGUUGGGAAUGAGGAUUUGGAACUGCACGGGGACAGAAGAAUUUCCUUUGUGACGGAGCUUCCCUUAAGAAGUAACCCAAAUGGUGUGUGGGUGCUCCCUGCAUAUCCUCUGGGUGAUGAAGAUGAAGAGCCGCAGUUUGUUUCACAGCACAAUGUAGCAGUAGGUAUACAGCGUGAAGACGACAGUCUUGUUUGGUCCUUGGUGAUGGCCAAGCAGAAUAACAUAAGAUGCACAAACAGUAGAAUGGCUUUAUUAAAGAUAUUUCUUAUGGCUUUCAGCUUUAUCUUUUGGGCUGCAGGCCUGGCUAUGCUCACAGUGGGAGUCUGGGCGAAAAUCUCUUUAGAAGAAUACUUGGUGUUAUCCACCAACAAUUAUCCAAACACUCCGCUCAUACUGCUGGUGAGUGGAGCCACUGUGCUGCUGUGGGGCUUUCUAGGAUGCAUCAGUGCUGCAGUAGAGAAGCAAUGUCUUCUACGCACCUAUGGGCUCUUUCAGUUAGCAGUGCUAUUAGCUGGACUUGCUGCCGGACUUUUGGGUUUAUUCUACCGCAGGGAUAUUACAGAAGGUUUUCAAAGUGGCCUAAAGAAUGCUGUGUUAUCUUAUUCAGAGGACGAGGAGAAAGCAGAUGCUUUGGAUGCAGUACAGAGGGCCCUGCAUUGUUGUGGAGUACAUAGCUACCGCGAUUGGUUUGAGUCACCCUGGUCCUUGGAGCAGCAGGAAACUCAGCUUGGACACAACAAUGGUUCAGUACCCAGCAGCUGCUGCAAAAGCCGCAGGGGAUGCCGCAACAGUCCUCUGAUACAGGAAGCCCUGACUAUUCAUAAAGAGGGUUGCUUUAAGAAGGUCUGCGAUUUUGCAAGCGACAACAUGUUUUACAUUGCCACUGCUGCCCUUGGCUUAGCAUUAAUGCAGAUUGUUGGCAUUGUGCUAUCAUGCCUGUUGGCAGCUGAAAUAACUAAUCAGGUGCCAGAUGCAGUUGCAACCUGAUUCAUUAACAGUUUGUUCUAUGUAAUCAAUAAAAAUGUCUGGGUACUGGUCAAUUUUGUUGAAAAAAACUCUAAAUAUUAAAUAAAAUAUGGCUUUUUAAGUUUCCCUGAAUAAGCAUGAUAAUUGCUUUGCAAUUUGUGUUUUAUUUUUAUAAUAAAUGCAAACUCUCCAGUCAUUAGAUUCAGAUUAUAUGUAAGAGUCUUUUCACCGUAAGUGUACGGAUAUAUGCUAAAAACUCCAGAUGUGCCUCCAAAGUAUGCCAUUGUAUAGUGUGAUACUGUGGCAAGGAAAGGG